GAGAGAGAGAGAGAGAGAGAGAGAAAGAGAGAGAGGGCGCUUUUCCGUGAGCUGAUAGAACUGAGAAGAAAACCCCUGCAGGAAGGAAAAAAGAUGGACGAUUACACUAGAGAGAUGAUGGACCUGAAGACCCUGGUCACUCGUACCCUAGAAAAGAAGGGCGUCCUCGCCAAGAUCCGGGCCGAACUUAGAGCAAGUGUAUUUGAGGCAAUUGAAGAAGAGGAUAAGGCAAUUGAGACGGAAGAAGGUUUGCCUCCUGCACUUUUGGGUAGCUGCAAUGAUCGUGCGAAACAACUGCAUGCUUCUCCUUCAGGGAGGCUUUUAACUUCACUAAUAUGUGAAUACUUGGAUUGGGCACAACUGAAUCACACAAUAAAAGUUUAUUUGCCAGAGUGCAAUUUGCAAAAGGAUUUUUGGAGAUCUGAGUUGAAAGAAUUUAGUAGCAAGAAUGGAUAUGAUCUUAACAGGAAUGGAGACAGUGCUCCUUUGCUUUUGGAUGUCCUUGAAGGCUUCUUGAAAUAUGAGAAUUUAUCUCAAGCAAGAGGUAUUGGAAGGAGAGUGAAUCCUGAAACUGAAUCCUCUUCCAAUUUAGAAACUCGGAAUGUUAGGAGACCUUCCUCAUCAUCUAUCGCCGGGGGCUUACCUCCACUAGGAAGGCUGGUUCCAUCUUCCCAGGCAUCUGAUCGGAGAGCAGGGUCCUCCAUCUCAGGCUACAGGAAAGAUGAAUAUAAUUGGAGAUAUGAUGGUGAUGAGCUUCCAGAUGAUGUAAUCCGUGCUUCCACGGCCUUGGAAAACCUUCAGUUGGACAGAAAAGCUCGAAAUCUAACUACUUCUUGGCGGCAUGCAGGGGAUGGAAUCUCUGAGGACAAUGGGAGGGUAGACCAGAUGUAGCUGGAUGAAAUCCGGACACACUCCUUUUUCCAUGUAUUCUAUUUGUCGUGCAUCAAUGUGUUAUGUCAUCAGUUGCCGGUAGUGAUGUUAUGUAAGAUUUUCCUAUACAUUGUGUAUUGGCGUUUUAGUGAUUUGUAUGAGCUUUCUUUUUCUUUCCCCUUUUCCAUUUUCUUUCUGUUCUUCUCUCUUCAAUGCUUUGAUAUGUUCCAAUUAGGAUCACAUUUUCUGUAUUCAACAAGGACAAAACCCCAUUUUUUUCUUAAUGAUAGCUAGAAUUCAAAUGCUUCUUGUUAUAAUGAUUUUUAGUUAGAGAUGGAAAAUGUGAUUUGUG